AUGGGUGGGAAAAUCUCAAAAACUAAAGUUAGAGGCGAAGGAUAAUAAGGUGAUAUUUUGGAAACCAAUGAUUCAACUAAUUCAAAUAUUUCAAACUAAUAAAGCCAAUAGAAAUAAAACGAUAUUAUUGUUAUUAAAGUCUUAUGUUCUAGAUGUAAAAGACCUUUAGCUAAUAAUGAUUAUUUUUUGUAAAAUUGUGGACAAAAUUAAUGUUAAGUUAAAUUUCACCAAGCAUGUUUCUUCAAAGAAUUGAAUGAUUAAAAUACUAAAAAGGAGGUACUUUCAUAUAAAUGCUAAUGCGGAACUAAAAUUCCUCUUAAAAUACUUCGUAAAUGUGGUGCCCCAAAUCUAUUGGACCUAUUGUCUUCAAUUCAUCGCAGAUAGAUAGAAAUUCUUCUGAAACUUUCAACUUUGAGAAAAAAUCAAGAAAUUCUUUCAUACUUUUCAGAGAAUAAAUAAAAAACGCAUGAAUUUGACUACUUUUUAUCAGAAUAAGAUUAACUUAUAUACGAUGAGACCCCAUAAUGA